AUGCGAACAGCCAAGUCACGAGACUUUUCUUUCACCUCACUGCUCCGCAGCAAGCGCUGCUCGUUCUAUGUCGCCCUCUCCCUCGUUAGCGGCUUCCUCGUCCUUUCGUUCCUCGUCUCUUCACCCACAUACGGUCGCUUUCGCUUCCAAUGUGAUUCGUUCAUCUCGCCGCCGGCGGUUACCAGCAGCAACCCAGCAGACAUGGCGGCUCGGACGAUACCGAUCGGAGAGCUCACGAAAGACGGAUACUUCCCGCCAUGUCCGUCCAACUGGACCCACCAUAUCCCCUGCUACGAUCCAAACAUCGCCGUCCACUUUCCCUUCGCAGACAAUGUUUUCCGCGAGCGACACUGUCCGCCUCCUUCCGCCCGCCCGCGCUGCCUGAUUCCCCCUCCCCCCGGCUACCAGCGCGCGCCCCCGUGGCCGGAUAGCCUAUGGAGCGUGUGGCGGAACAACGUACCGCACUCUAAGAUGCUCAAGGACCCGCGGAACGUCCUAUGGAUGGAAUUACGUGGCAACACGUGGCACUUCCCGCACGCCCUGACGGCCAUGCCCGAAACGGACGGCGCGGAGCGGUACGUGGCGCAGCUGCGCAACUUCAUUCCGUUCGGGUCGCGCCUGCACACGGCGCUCGACAUCGGCGCGGGGAUGGGGGGAUUCGCGGUGGAGCUGCUGCGCCAGGGCAUGAUCACCGUGUCGCUGGGCCCGCGCGACGGCUUCCGCGGGCAGGCGCAGUUUGCGCUCGAGCGCGGGCUGCCCGCGCUGGUGGGCAUUCUGGCGACGAUGCGCCUGCCGUUCCCGCCGCUCGCGUUCGACCUCGUGCACUGCUCGCACUGCCAAGUCCCCUUCGGCCUCCCCAACGGCACGCACCUGGCGGAGGUGGACCGCGUGCUGCGCCCGGGGGGAUUUUUCGUGCUGGCGGGGCCGCCCGUGCGCUGGGCGGGCAGGGCGGCGGAGUGGCGCGCGCUGCGCGAUAAGGCGCGCGCGCUGUGCUGGCGGCUGGUGCUGGUGGUGCCGCACGUGGCCAUCUGGCGGAAGAGUAGGGGGGUCGAGGUGGCGGGGGGAAGCGGGGGAAGCGGGGGAAGCGGAGGGGAAAGAAGAUGGUGUCCUGGAGCUAAGGAAUAUAGAGAGGCGGAACAAGAGGGGGGUGGAACGGGGGAGAGGGAGGAGGAGGGAGGCAGUGAGAGGGAGGAGGUAGAAGAUUCGCAGGAGGAAGGGGCAGAGAGAGAGGAGGGAGGGGUGGAGAGAGAGGAGGGAGAGGCAGAGAGUGAGGAGGGAGGGGGGAAUAGAGAGGAGGGAGGGGCGGAGAGAGAUGUGGGAGGGGCGGAGAGAGAGGAGGGAGGGGCGGAGAGAGAUGAGUUAGGGGGUGAUGUAAUGGGCGAGGAGGAGGGAGAGGAGAAGCGGGAGGAGGAGGCGGGCGGAGGGGAGGGCGAGAUGGGCGCGGAGGUGUGUGCGGCGGACGACCAGCCCGACGCCGUGUGGUACUCCCCCUUGCAGUCUUGCGCCAUCCGCCCUCCCCCCUCCGCGUGGAGCCUCCCACCCUGGCCGCAUCGCCUGUGGUUCGCUUCCCCCCGCAUCUACGCCUCCCCCCUCAUGCACCCGCCCCCUGCUCCGCCGCCCAACGCCGUGGAGGGGGGCGCUGGGGGGAGGGGGGAAGAGAAGGGAAAGGGGAAGGGGGGAAGGAGGGGGAAAGGCAAGGGGAGGAAAGGCAGGGGUAAGGGAGGGAAGCGGAGGAGUGAAAACGGUGGGAAUGAGGUGAGGGCCGAGGGCUCUACAGAGGAGGAUAGGGGGACGAAGGAUGUGGAGGACAAGGGGGCGAAGGAGGGGGAGGAGAGGACAGAGCAGCAGGUAAGGGAGAGCAGCAGCGAGGCAGUCCCAGCUGCUGCAGGUGCUGGUGGUGGUGGUGGUGGUGCUGCUGCUGCUGCUGCUGCUGCUGCGGGUGGUGGUGGUAGGCGAAGACUGCUCAGCUCUGAUGUGCAUGGCGAUGGUGGUGCUGCUCAUGGUGAGCGUGAUGGCAACAGCGAGGGUGGUGGAGAGGGGAGUGGUGCAGAUGGCACUGGCAGCAGCAGCAGUGAGGAUGGGCGGGGGGGCAGCAGGGCAUCCGCAGCAGUAGAUGCAUCCGCAGCAGCAGCCGGGGGUGGUGACGCAGAAGGGAGGCAGAGAGCGGAGGGAGAGCAGCAGGAGGAGGAGGGCGACAUGCGCAAGGCGCUGAAGGCAGAGCAGCAGAAGUCAGUAAUGAACACGGCCUCAUCGCAGUACAGCAAGCGGCAGGGCACGGCCCUGGCAGCCCUGUCACCGGAGCAGAAGCGCAUGAACAUGGAGACCCGGCGCUGGGGCACGCGCCUGGCACACUACGAGUCGCUCUUCCUGGGGGACCUGCUGGGCUACCAGGGCCGGCGGAAGCGGCACGAGGGCGCGGAGGGGGACGGUGGGGAGGCCAAGGCGGAGGAGAGCGAGGAGAGCAAGGAGAAAGGGAGGAGCAAGGAGGAGAGCGGUGAAGGGAGGGGGAGGAGCAAGGAGGAGAGCGGGCCUGGGAAGGUGCGGAACGUAUUGGACAUGAAUGCGGGGGUGGGGUCGUUUGCAGCGGCGCUGCAGGGGAGGGAGGAGGACGGGGAGGAGCGAGUGUGGGUGAUGAAUGUGGUGCCUGUGAGCAGUAGACUCAACACCCUGUCAGCGGUGUUUGACCGUGGGCUGGUGGGCACGGUGCAUGACUGGUGUGAGGCGUUCGCGUCGUACCCACGAGCCUACGACCUUGUCCAUUCGCAAGGCGUCUCCUCCUCGUUUGACCCGGACAGGUGUGACAUAGACGACGUGAUUAUAGAGGUGGAUCGCCUGUUGAGGCCGGGCGGCACAGUGAUUGUGAGAGACCUGCCGGCUGUGCUGGAGGGCGUGCAGAGGGCUGCGAGGGCAGCGCACUGGAACGUGACGGCUCACCCGCCAGAGAAGGGCAGCAGCAGAGAGCACCUGCUGGUGGCUCGUAAGCCGCUGUGGAAGGUGGACUACUAUAAGGGGGUGAUUGAGAUUGUAGACGCUGAUUUGUAA